CAGUAUUUAUUGAAUAUAUAAAAGAUGAGAAGAUCAAGCACAUGGGCUAUAGGAUAUGGAUUGAAUUUUUUACUCAAAAAAAGCAAAUCAAUGAAGCCACACCUUAUAAAAACCCAUUGAAGAAACUCUCUUCUAAUCCACUUCCCUUUCUCAAAACUAGCAUGAAGAAUCUCUUCCCUCUCUUCCUCUCUACUCUUGCUGUUCACUUCCUCUGCCUCAAACUCACCUCAGCUGCCUGUCACGUGGAUGAUGAAGCGGGUCUCUUGGCUUUCAAAUCGGGUAUUACCCAUGACCCAUCUGCUAUGCUCAGCUCAUGGAAGCCCGGCACUGACUGCUGCACUUGGGCAGGUAUAAAUUGCCGCGUUGAAAAUCGGGUCACGACAAUUUCACUUUCCGGGCAACCCGAAAAACCCAACAGCUUCUUAUCGGGUACUAUCUCACCUUCCCUAGUGAAAGUACAAAAUCUUGAUGGUAUUUACUUUCUGAAUUUGAGAAAUAUUACGGGUAAAUUCCCGGAUCUUAUAUUCGGGUUGCCCAAACUCAAGUUUGUUUACAUAGAAAACAAUAAGCUUUCGGGUCAAAUACCCAAUAACAUAAGAAGGUUAACCCAACUGGAGGUACUGAGUUUGCAAGGGAAUCAAUUCACUGGGUCAAUACCAUCUUCAAUAUCUGAGUUAACUGAGUUGACACAGCUCAAACUCGGUAAGAAUUUUCUCACAGGCACAAUCCCUCUUGGAAUUAGCAAGCUGAAGAGCUUGACCUAUCUGAGUCUUCAACACAACAAACUUUCAGGCUCAAUUCCUGACUUUUUCUCAUCAUUCACUAAUCUCAGAAUUCUUGAACUUUCCCACAACAAAUUUUCUGGGAAAAUCCCAGCUUCAAUAUUAUCACUAGCACAAAAAUUAGCUUACCUUGAGCUGGGCCACAAUGCAUUAUCAGGGAAAAUCCCAGAUUUUCUGGGAUCUUUUACAGCUCUAGACACACUAGACCUAUCAGCAAACAAUUUCACAGGAACUGUGCCAAAAAGUUUUGGGAAUCUCACAAAAAUCUUCAAUCUUGACCUCUCUCACAAUUCUCUUGUAGACCCAUUUCCCACAAUGAAUGUGAAAGGGAUAGAAUCCCUAGAUUUGUCAUAUAAUCAAUUCCAUCUUAAGCAAAUACCCAAUUGGGUCACUUCAUCUCCCAUUAUUUUCUCUCUGAAGCUGGCAAAAUGUGGGAUCAAGAUGAACUUAAAUGACUGGAAACCAAAGGAGACAUAUUUCUAUGACUAUAUUGAUCUGUCUGAGAACGAAAUUUCAGGCAGUCCCAUUUGGAUACUGAACAAGACAGAUGAUUUGGUGGGGUUUUGGGCUUCAGGGAACAAGUUGAAGUUUGAUUUGGCAAGUUUGAGGAUUGUUAAAACAUUGAAGAACUUGGAUUUGUCAAGGAAUUUGAUUUAUGGAAAGAUACCCAAUACAGUUUCUGGGUUGAAAAGUUUGAAUUUGAGUUAUAAUCAUCUAUGUGGAAAGAUUCCAGCAACAAACUUUCCUGUUAGUGCAUUUGUGGGUAAUGAUUGCUUGUGUGGUUCUCCACUAGCUCCUUGCAAGCUGUGAGAAGCCAAUAAAGACUAGGGACAGUUUCCUCUUGACUCUGCCAAUUGGAGAAGCUUAUAGGGAAGGAAAUGGCUGGCUGCCACUAGCUUAUAUUAGAAAAUAAAUAUCUAUAUAUAGAUAUAUUGAGACUCG